AUGAGAGGCUGAUUUCAGCAGCAUGGAUCAGUGUGAGGACAGAGGAACCUCUCUGAGUGGGGAACAGGACAGAGGAACCUCUCUGAGUGGGGAACAGGACAGAGGAACCACUCUGAGUGGGGAACAGGACCACCAGACCAAAGCUCAGAGGAUCCAUCAGAGACCAGACUCUCCUGAACCAGAACCCAGCUGUGUGUCCUUCAAGAGUGACCGGUCUAAGGGUUUACCUGUAGACUUCAAAGAUGGACGUCACUCUGUUGAUCAAAGGUGGAAGCUGGAUGAACCAGAACCCAGCUGUGUGUCCAUGAAGAGUGACCGGUCUAAGGAUUGGCCUGUAGCCUUCAAAGAUGGACGUCACUCUGUUGAUCAAAGAGAGGACCAGGAGAGAUCAGAGGUUCCCAGUGGUCAGUCUGCCCAGCAGCAUCAAACACACCUGGACUCUAUAUUUAUGCUGCUGGAGGAGAAUAUCGUCACUUUUGUGAAGAAUGAGCUGAAGAAGAUCCAGAAGGUUCUGAGUCCAGAUUACCCAGAAUGCUCAGAGAGUAAGAGGGAGAGUGAGGAUGAAGAGCAGAGGAGCAGAGACGCAUUUCUGAAGAUCACACUGGACUUCCUGAGGAGAAUGAAGCAGGAUGAGCUGGCUGACUGUCUGCAGAGCAGAAGUCAUUCUGGAGUUUGUAAGCGUAAACUUAAAUCUAACCAGCAGAAGAAGUUCCAGUGUGUGUUUGAGGGGAUUGCUAAAGCAGGAAACCCAACCCUUCUGAAUCAGAUGUUCACAGAGAUCUACAUCACAAAGGGAGGGACUGCAGAGGUCAAUGAUGAACAUGAGGUCAGACAGAUUGAAACAGCAUCCAGGCAACCAGACAGACCAGAAACAUCAAUCAGACAAGAAGACAUCUUUAAAACUCCACCUGGAAGAGAUGAACCAAUCAGAACAGUGAUGACAAAGGGAGUGGCUGGCAUCGGGAAAACAGUCUUAACACAGAAGUUCACUCUGGACUGGGCUGAAGACAAAGCCAACCAGGACAUCCAGUUCACAUUUCUAUUCACCUUCAGAGAGCUGAAUGUGCUGAAAGAGGAAAAGUACAGCUUGGUGGAACUUGUUGAUUACUUCUUUAGUGAAACCAAAGAAGCAGGAAUCUGCAGGUUUGAAGAGUUCCCGGUUGUGUUCAUCUUUGACAGUCUGGAUGAGUGUCGACUUCCUCUGGACUUCCUCAACACUGAGAUCCUGACUGAUGUUACAGAGUCCACCUCAGUGGGUGUGCUGCUGACAAACCUCAUCAGGGGGAAUCUGCUUCCCUCGGCUCGCGUCUGGAUAACCACACGACCUGCAGCAGCCAAUCUGAUCCCUCCUGAAUGUGUUGACAUGGUGACAGAGGUCAGAGGGUUCACUGACGCACAGAAGGAGGAGUACUUCAGGAAGAGAUUCAGAGAUGUAGAGCAGGCCAGCAAAAUCAUCUCCCACAUCAAGACAUCACAAAGCCUCCACGUCAUGUGCCACAUCCCAGUCUUCUGCUGGAUCACUGCUACAGUUCUGGAGGACAUGUUGAAGACCAGAGAGGGAGGAGAGUUGCCCAAGACCCUGACUGAGAUGUAUAUCCACUUCCUUGUGGUUCAGUCCAAAGUGAAGAACAUCAAGUAUGAUGGAGGAGCUGAGGCAGAUCCACACUGGAGUCCAGACACCAAGAAGAUGAUUGAGUCUCUGGGAAAACUAGCUUUUGAGCAACUGCAGAAAGGCAACCUGAUCUUCUAUGAAUCAGACAUGACAGAGUGUGGCAUAAAUAUCAGAGCAGCCUCAGUGUACUCAGGAGUGUUCACACAGAUCUUUAAAGAGGAGAGAGGACUGUACCAGGACAAGGUGUUCUGCUUCGUCCAUCUGAGUGUUCAGGAGUUUCUGGCUGCUCUUCAUGUCCAUCUGACAUUCACCAACUCUGGAGUCAACCUGCUGUUAGAAGAACAAACAACAUCAACACAGUUCUACCAGAGUGCUGUGGACAAGGCCUUACAGAGUCCAAAUGGACACCUGGACUUGUUCCUCCGCUUCCUCCUGGGUCUUUCUCUUCAGACCAAUAAGAAUCUCCUACGAGGUCUGAUGACACAGACAGGAAGUAGCUCAGUGACCAAUCAGGAAACAGUUGAGUACAUCAAGAAGAAGAUCAGUGAGAAUCUGUCUGCAGAGAUAAGCAUCAAUCUGUUCCACUGUCUGAAUGAACUGAAUGAUCGUUCUCUAGUGGAGGAGAUCCAACAGGCCCUGAGAUCAGGACGUCUCUCCACAGAUAAACUGUCUCCUGCUCAGUGGUCAGCUCUGGUCUUCAUCUUACUGUCAUCAGAAGAAGAUCUGGACGUGUUUGACCUAAAGAAAUACGAUGCUUCAGAGAAGGCUCUUCUGAGGCUGCUGCCAGUGGUCCGAGCCUCCAACAAAGCUAUACUGAGUGGCUGUCAUCUGUCAGAGAGAAGCUGUGAAGCUCUGUCCUCAAUUCUCAGCUCCCAGUCCUCUAGUCUGAGAGAGCUGGACCUGAGCAACAACAACCUGCAGGAUUCAGGAGGGAAGCUGAUCUCUGUUGGACUGAAGAGUCCACACUGCACACUGGAGACUCUCAGUCUGUCAGGCUGUCUGAUCUCAGUGGAAGGCUGUUCUUCUCUGGUCUCAGCUCUGAGCUUCAACCCCUCCCAUCUGAGAGAGCUGGAUCUGAGCUACAAUCACCCGGGAGCCUUGGGAGUGAAGCUACUGUCUGCGGGACUGAAGGAUCCUCUCUGGAAACUGGACACUCUCAGAUUCCUGUGAACUCACACUGGAC